AUGGGUGGCAGCAUCUCUCCAAGGCCCAGGCAGCAGGAGGCAGAUGAGUUCUCUCGCUGCAACACCCCCCAGCAACCAGUGCCGGGAUUCGCGUGCGGGCUGGAGUCUUUGAUGCAGGCGGCGUGGCAGGUGCCCUUCCCCAAAAGCAGCCUCCUCGGCCGCAGCCCCCGAGCCGCCGGGGCAUGCGCAGCCGACUCGAGCCACAGCGACGGCAGCAAUGCUGUGCUGCGGGACUUUGGGCUGAACGGGGCUGAGUCGCCGCCGUGGUCCCCUCGGCGGGUUCCCCCGGCGCAUGUGUGGGGGGAGGGUCCCCCCCGUGCCCCUGGCUACCGCUCCGGCGGCGCCUGCUACCCCAUCGCCUCCCCAGGAGUGAGUGCGGCAAAUUUGGUAGAGGCUGCCUGCGAGCUGCAUGCGCUGCUGCAGAGGCGCUCGGCUGCCGGCUUGGGGCCGUUAAUUGGCGCGCAAGGUUACCUCACGCCGCCUGCCGACCCGGGGAUUUACCCCGACAAGGAGGAGGCAACGCCGCCGCCGCAGCCGGACCCAGCAGCUGUCGGGAAUCUGCCGCCAAUUCAUCUUCUCACGGCGAGCCAUACACCCUCACCUGGCCCGGGGAGAUGUCCCGCUGCAACACUCCCCCCGCCCGAGGGGGCGACUGCACCUGCGUUGCUGAACAGCCCUCAAGGUGUGAAGCGACAGGCAGCGUGGCAGUGCGGCAAUGACUCACAGCUUUCCUUUGGAGACCGCAUCGACGCUGCCACGGCAGAUGAGGUGUCGUCGCCGCACGCACUGUCAAGCGCGCACCAGAGAUGGGGCAGUGCCCCUCCGGUGCACGAACUGCGCUGCUGCGCUAACCUGGCGGAUGACUCAACCAGCGCCGGCCAGCACGCAGCCUCCGCGCUGCCGGACGACCGGCCGACGCGCGCCGCAUUAGCAGCAGCCGGUGCUUGUUUUGGCGGCGGAGGGGCCGGUGCCUGUUUUGGCGACAAAGCUGCCGGUGCCUGUUUUGGCGGGGACGCAAAAAAUGGCGCAGGGCUCGGUCGCGCGCCGAGCGUGCCGGAGAUCGGGUCCUGCCGCCAGGGCAGGCCGGCUGUGCUGAAGUGGCGCAUGCAGAUAUGGCCGCACAAGGCCAGGCAGCAGAAGCUUGCGCGCAAGAGUGCAGUGCGGCUGCAGACUUCAGAGGGCCUCGCAGGCGAACCAAGCGGCGGCUCUUCUGAAGCUGCACCCAACUUCAGCCGCCUGUGCUGCCCUGCUCCUCGCCAGCAUGGGCCCAAGAGGCGACCCAACAUGGCAUUGUGA